AGUGCAGAAUAGUAUGAGUUCAUGAAUGAAUGUGUUUCUGUCUCUAUCUUUUUUCGUAUACCGUAAUAUUUUUUGUGUCAUAAUAUUGAAAUAUGUAAAUCGUGUUGUAUUAAGUGAUAUCAUAUGGGCUUGGUGUGUAAAUAGUAAAUAAUGUAUUAAUUAAUUAAGAAGAUGGAGGUUAUCGUGGAACAUAACUACACAGCUAAAGAACCUGAUGAACUCACAAUAAAAAAGGGUGAUAUUAUCCAAGAUGUGAUAAAGAAACCAGGUGGUUGGUGGGAAGGUGUUUUGAGAGAUAAGAGGGGCAUGUUUCCUGACAAUUUUGUUCGGCCACUUGACCCAGGUGUCACCUAUAGGAACAAGAAGGAUGUCGUCAGAAUCCGUCAGUGUAGAGUAGUGUUUAGUUAUAAGCAAGAUCACGACGACGAACUUAGUUUAAAUGUGGGUGAUGUAAUAAAUAUAUUAGGUGAAGAGGAAGAAGGAUGGUGGAAAGGCGUGCUGAAUGGAAAAGUGGGUGUUUUCCCUUCAAAUUUCGUCCAAGAAAUAACCCCUUCAAUACCUGUUAGUAGGGCUAGCAGUAAAGAAAACUUGGGACCAGUAGGAUGGUCUGUGGACAGUUCUGAGACUCCUGUAGUGCAACCAAAACCAGUAAAAACUAUAUGCCAAGUAAAAUAUUCCUACACUGCGGAAGAUGAGGAUGAACUUACUUUAAAUGAGGGCGAUUUAGUGACUUUAAUAAGCAAAGAAGGUCAAGAUCCUGGAUGGUGGAAGGGGGAACUUAAUGGGAAGAUUGGAGUAUUUCCUGACAAUUUUGUAGUUGUUCUGACACCAGAAGAAUACAGCCAUUUGCAAAAGAGGGAAGAAUAUUGCAACCAGCAGAAGAAAAGUGAACUUCACAAGUCCGAAAUAAACCCCAAAAAGGCUAGUGAUGAUGAUGUUAAAAAUGUCCCACCAGGGGAAGAAAGGACAGAUAGCGACCCUGUUGCACGAAUACCACCCCCAGUCCCUAGCAAAAAGCCUUCUAUUUCGUUAAAGAAGUCCCCUUCGGGGUCUGGAGCACAGGGUAUCUUCUCUGGUCUACGUAAGAAGAUUGUGGAUGCAGUAGACGGUGCCACGUCCAGCAAACUGAGUUCCAAGUCCUUAGAAAGCAAGGAACCCCCCAAACCGAGUCCUACGAACGAGAACGCUUUCGACCAAGUUGUCAGGACUCCCAUGCUACAAGACGUACGAGCAACUCGUGCCAAAGGCCCUGAUCGUAGGCCCCCAAGUGUAGUAACAAAAGAGGGCGAAGCAGGAAUCACAAAUGGCUUUCCUAACGACCAGUCGAACCCCUUAGACGAGCUGACAGAAAAUAACACCUCUUUGGAACACUCUGAGGAAGCAGCGCCCCGUUUACGAGACCAAUUCAAAGUACCGUGGCUGGAAGAGAUGAAACUUAACCAGGCCAAAAGGUCAUCCACUUCACCCAAGCAGGAGCACAACAACAGGCCCAAAGAUAAGCAGUUGGCAACCCCUGAAAACGACGAAAAAACGGACAAACCCGAGAAAGAAGAGGCUGCGAAACCUCUGGUUGAAUCACCCAGACCUGCUGCAAAGCCUAAAACAUCAUCUACAGAGAUGGAUAACGUAGUGAUACGCAAAAUGGCCCCCAUGCCAGGCGGUGUAACGCCACCCACAAGACCCAAAACGAUCCACACCGUUCCAGAGACCAAGCCGACCAAACUUACCCCUAGUCCCAUACUGAACAAAGUGUCGCCUCCCCCUAAACCACGAGUCCUAGAAAAAGUAAAAGACGAUAUCGGAGUGUCAAGUGAAACCUCCAAUUAUAGUAUUCAUCAUGUAAAACCGUCGUCUUUUCGAUCGAACGACUUGGGUCGAUUAUCUAAUUCGAUCGAUCAAAGCAAAGGUUCGGGUGAUCACGAAGGUAUGUCGUCGAUUUCGGACAAGCUCUACGUGGAACUUCUCGACAGGAUAAAGAAAUUAGAGGAGAAAAAUGCUGAACACGAGACAGCCAUAGAGGAGCUCAGGGCCAAGCUACAACUCGAGACGGACAUGCGCAUAAUGCUCCAGGCUGAGCUUGAAAAGGUGAGCGACUCCAUCUUGCACGUUUAAACAACGCUUAAGUAACUUAAUGUAAAUUUUUAAAGACUUAUAGGGCGUUAACAAAAUUGUGUACUUACGCAACGAGUUAUUAUUAUCUUUUUAUAUAAUUUUCUGGUAAGUAUAGGUACCAAUUCAUCUGCUGCAGCAUUAAUUAUUGUUUCGUCAUUACUGCCUGUCUCUGCUUUUUGGUUUUUGAUAGUUUACAUAUAAUAACACGAUAGAAAAAAAGGGAAAAUAAAACAAUAUUACUAGAAAAUGAAAGGCAGUCGAAAUUUGUAAUUUUUAAUUGAACAGUUAAAUAUAUAUUAUACUUUUGAACUGAAAUUGGACAUCGAAUUUUUACUCUAAUAAUUGCAGCUUCGUUUCUGGGUUGCUUUUGUUAUUUUCUUUUUUGGUUGUGAUUCUUGUACAAUUACAACGUUAUGGUGUGCAUUAAAAACAUUUUUUACCUACAAUUAAGUAUUUUUGUGCAUUUAUUAUAAUUACUUACUAUUAUAUUAAUUGUUACCUAAUCAUUUCUAUGUUUUGUUGCUAUUUUUUUAUAUAUACUUAUAUGAAUGUGUUAUUAAAGGUUUUUUAUAUUUA